AGCUGAAUGACAUGCAAGGGACUCUGAUUGGCCAGUGGGGAGUGGAUACUCUGGUUAUAUAGUGUGAGCAGCCUAAGCAGUGCAUCAGAUCUGACAAGAGAGCUACAGGAGAGAUAAAAAGAUUCACAAGAACUACUUUUUAUUCCCUGACUGUCAACAAUGAAUGCUUCCGAAUUCAGAAAAAGAGGAAAAGACAUGGUGGACUAUGUUGCCGAUUACCUUGAGCAGAUUGAAUCAAGGCAGGUUUUUCCUGAUGUAGAGCCUGGUUAUCUCAGACCUCUUAUUCCAGAUUCUGCUCCAGAGGAAGGGGAGACAUACGAAGAAAUAAUAAAAGAUGUUGAGCGAGUGAUCAUGCCUGGGGUGACUCACUGGCACAGUCCUUACUUUUUUGCCUACUUUCCCACUGGCAGCUCCUAUCCAGCGCUACUUGCUGACAUGUUAUGUGGCGCUAUUGGUUGCAUUGGCUUCUCUUGGGCUUCAAGUCCAGCAUGCACGGAGUUGGAGACAGUGAUGUUAGACUGGCUGGGGAAGAUGAUAGGUCUGCCAGAGCAGUUUUUAGCUGGCAACAAAGGAGAAGGAGGAGGAGUUAUACAGGGCACUGCUAGUGAGGCAACUUUAAUGGCACUACUUGCUGCAAGAACAAAGGUAACACGGAGACUUCAAGCUGAAAAUCCCAAGUUAACUGAGGCAGAGAUUGUAAGUCGUAUGGUGGCAUACUCUUCAGACCAGGCACACUCAUCAGUGGAGAGGGCUGGGCUGAUCAGCGGAGUAAGGAUGAAGAAAAUACCAUCAGAUGAAAACUUUGUAGCUCGAGGCCAGGCUCUUAAAAAAGCUUUAGAAGAAGAUAAAGCAGAAGGUCUCAUUCCAAUUUUUUUCUGUGCCACUCUUGGGACAACUAAUUCCUGCGCAUUUGAUAACCUAUUGGAACUUGGACCUGUCUGUAAUGCUGAGAAUAUAUGGAUGCAUAUUGAUGCAGCUUAUGCUGGAAGUGCCUUUAUCUGUCCAGAAUUCAGAUAUCUCAUGAAAGGCAUUGAGUUUGCAGAUUCAUUCAACUUCAACCCACACAAGUGGCUCUUGGUUAACUUUGACUGUUCUACUUUUUGGGUGAAGAAGAGAUCAGAUUUGAUAGGUGCCUUCAAAAUGGACCCUGUUUAUCUUCAGUAUGACCAGCAAGAAUCUGGCUUAGUAACUGAUUACAGGCAUUGGCAGAUCCCAUUGGGCAGAAGGUUCCGGUCUCUGAAACUUUGGUUUGUUUUUAGAAUAUAUGGCGUUAAAGGGCUUCAAGUACAUAUCCGCAAGCAUGUAGGACUCGCUCAUGAGUUUCUGGAAUGUGUAAAGAAAGAUGAUCAAUUUGAAAUCUGUGCGCCAGUCAUUUUAGGUCUAGUCUGUUUUAGAUUAAAGGGCUCUAAUGAACUGAACAAAGCUCUUCUCCAAAAAAUUAAUAAUUCAAAAAAAAUUCACAUAGUGCCAUGUUGUUUGGGGGACACUUUUGUUUUACGAUUUGCUGUCUGUGCUAGAACCGUGGAGUCCAGCCACAUACAGUUUGCAUGGAAGCAUAUUAAAGAACUUACUACAGAACUCCUAAAUAAUGAAGAACAGCAAAAAGCUCGGAAUUAAAGCACAACAACUCUAUGAACCAAGCAGCAGAGAAUAAAUUCUGAAAUGUUCUGAACAUUUGUUGAAUAAUAUUUUCUUGGACCAAACAUUAUGUGAUGCUGUGACAAUAAUAUCAAAUAAAGGCAAACCUGCUGUAUCUUCAGUCA